UACAACAUCAGGAUCUGAUGAAUCCAACAUAAGACAAGAAGCAACUAAAACUAUAGAACCUUUAGAUGAACUGGUGUUGGCGACGAGUACUGAUAUUUCGAUUGCCAUUCAUCCAAACGAGACUUUACUACCAGAUACAAAUUAUGCCCCAACACCGUAUCCUACAUCCGAGAGCCUGGCAUUCCAUACCUGUGUGCCGUCUGUUUUGUUGAGAGCAAAUACUUCUCCCACCGUAGAACAGAUAA